AUGGACGGCCCGAUGGAUGGGGAGGUGGACACAGAGCUUGUGGGGAUGGGACUUCGUGUCUCUGUGUCCCCUGCACAAAUAGCCUUUUACAUUAUCCUGGUUUUAUUUGGCAUCAUAGGUAAUGCCACCGUGGUCGGGGUGGUCGGUAAGAGUGUAUUACAGGACAGUGGUGGGGGGCGAAACUCGGACAUCAUUAUCAUCAACAUGGCACUUUCGAACCUACUGGUGUCUUUGGUGAGGAACACGCUGCUGGUCAUCUCAGACAUGGGACUGCAGCUGUACUCCUCCAAAGAGUGGUGUCAGAUCCUCAUGGGUGUCUGGGUGUGGCUGCGAUCUGUCAACGUGUGGUCAACGUUCUUCCUCAGUGCGUUCCACCUCCAGACGCUGAGGCGUGUGGCCCCAAGUGUCGGGAGCCUUCACAGGCAGCGGGGCGCUCCCAAGACCCUGCUGCUGAGUCUGGGCCUCAUCUGGCUUCUCAACUUUAUUUACUCCAUUCCUGCUCAUAUCUUUUCCAUCAAUGGGAACAUUAACAGCACAGAGACCCUGAUGCUGGUGAGCAGCACAACACGCCCCCUGCUGGGCUGUGUCUGGAACUUUCCCACCAGCUACAGUGGCCUGGCCUAUGCUACAACAUCUAUGGUGAUCCAUGAAACCAUUCCCAUCAUCCUCAUGGCCUUAACCAACCUGGCCUCCCUCUACAUGCUCUACACCCACGGCAGGAUGCGGAGUUCAGUGCAGGAUGCACCUGUCAUAAAACGGGUGCCUGCUGAGAGACGAGCAGCCAAGGUGAUUCUCGCGCUCAUAAUGCUCUUCAUUGCAUCCUGGGGAACCAGCAUUAUCUCCGUCAACUAUUUCAACUACAACCGCGGCUCCUCAGCCGAGUUUCUCCUGGUCAUUGCUCGUUUUGCCAACAUCAUCUUCAUUGCCAUGUCACCUGCUGUUCUGGCUGUUGGCCAUCGGCGGCUGCGUUCUUUCAUCAAGUCUAUGCUCACGCACUGAUGGACUCCGGUGCUGACAGCACACAAUACUGCUGAAUCAUAUACUACUCUUUGCAUCAACUGGUUAUAGGUAUGAGAAAAUUAUGUCUUUUUCUUUUGCUGGAGUCAGACUGAUGAACUCAAUGAAAAGGCAAAGGGCUACAAUUACGCUUACAUUGUGAUUGAUUGUGUGAUGCCUUUGUUUUACAGUCUCAAAACCU